AUUUGGAAGCGCGUUGCAGCUACGAUUUUUUUCUUGGUGACAUCUCAGCAUUAAGUUGCCAGCAACAUCCGAAUUUAAUUAAAUCUCCUUCCAAUCAUUUCAACCCAUCUCUCGUAACCACCCACCAGUUUGUGCCUUUUGCAAUCCGAGAAUCCAUCCUUGAUUAGGUAUCCGUGUUUGCCUAUCCACCUUGUGUGUCCUAAACAUUGUAUCUCAUUCCUCGAAUUUCCAUUCACCAAAUAACCGAAGAGGACAAUGAGGCCAUUGAUCCUGCAUAACGUCCCGGACGAGGAACUCUAUACUGGAGAGGAUGGGAUUCAGCGUCCAUAUGCUAUGUAUUUCCCUGAAGGUGAACGACAACGUACCCUCCCACGUACGCGUGCGCGAGAGGUGACAGAGUCGGGUUCCUUUGGUAAAUCGACUAGACGAUCUCGCUCUAGAACGGGGAGCGCACCGCCGAAACGUGAAGAUGCUACGAUGCAUAACGCCGAUAAAAUCUUUUCGAAUUACAUAGCAAGCCGACAGCAAGCCCCUAACGCCACGACAUCGACGACAACGACUACCGCUGCGACGCAACGAAAGACUAGCUAUCUAGGACAGACCGCUGCGCAGUCGCAAGAAGAUUCUGCUUCUGCUACCCAGGCUUCGACGUAUCGCAAGGAGCCUGUCGAGGUUAUCCUGAGAGGUUACUCAUCGCCAUCACAGCAGUAUGCGGCUAUUAACCAUUACGAGCAGCUGGCAGGGAGGAUAUGCGAGGACUACUCCAGAGAGCCACCGGCCGAGGCGCGACGCUACAAGUCAGACUUGAGGGAUCCCGCGCUUACGAGGCGACAACCCUUAUCAGCCCCUGAGCGGGCUAAGGUUAGCAGGGUGGCCAGUGGUGAACACUGGGUGAAGAUUACGUUCGAGUCAUCGGAGGCAGCAGAAGCCGCAACGUACGCUUCUCCGCAGAAUAUAUUAGGUCAUCUUGUCUACGCCGAACCCUACCGUGGCCUGCCCCCUAAGGAAGAUGCUGCAGUGCCCGAUGUGGUCGGUGAUAGUGGCAUGGUUGAUCUGUUUAGGUCUAACACCUUCAAAAGCGUGCCGAAGAGACCAUCGCAGCCCCGUAUAGAUAAGGGCGCGACAUUCCCUAGGACUCUCUUAACACAGACGGUAGAGCGGACUACAAACCUUCACGACUCUCCCCCAGGAUCGCAAGGCUCGACCCAGACUAUGGAUACCACCACGGCAUCGACAGCAACGGUGACGGGUGCAGUCUCAGAACCGCAGAAUAUAGAGCCAGUGGACAACACGUAUUGCCGGCGCAUUCCAGAGGCCAAGCGGGCUAGAAUCCUGCCGGCCGACCAAGCCCUAGCUCCUCAACUGACCUGGCAGCAAAAGCUGCUAAUCUACAUUCCACUGAUAGGAUGGUUUGGAGGCUCAAUGAUCGGAAACGAGGUGCCCCGUAACGAGCUCGGCGAGUUUGACUUCAACAAAGCUAGUUUGUACUGGCAGCUGAUGUUUUACUUGGAUCUCUGGUUCGGUCUCUUCGGCCGCGAGCUCGUUAGUGGCGACAAGGAAGACUAAGACACUUUAUACACAUACCAACUUGCAUCAUCAAUUUUUUUAUACUUCGUAAUGCUAUGAAAAGUAGGGACAUGAGGGCAAAGCGGGUUUUGGUAAUACGCCCCCUGGAGUUGAGGAUCACAUCAUUCGGAAAGCCCUACGAUAAAAUGCCCAAAGA